AUGUCUCCUCUGAACAAAUAUAUCUCCAAGCUUGCUGGAGCAAAUGUCCUUAUCAUUGGUGGAACUGCUGGUGUUGGUUACGCUGUCGCGGAAGCUGUUGUUGAAUAUGGUGCUGCUUCAGUCGUUCUUUCGAGUUCCAACCUUGAUCGCGUUUCCGCCUCUACGUCGCGGCUUCGUGAAUCUUAUCCAUCGACUGCUUGUGACAUCGUCGGCUUCGCGUGCGACUUGAAGCAAGAAAGCCUACUUGAAUUCAAUAUCGAGGCUCUUUUCAAUGCCGCCACAUCAAACGGGAAGCGGCAGUUAGACCAUGUCGUUUUUACUGCUGGCGAUCAUCCAAACCCGAAACCCUUGUCUCAAAUCGACUUCAAUUUCAUCAAAGAAACUGGCCUAGUGCGGUUUUUUGCGCCAUUGUUGAUAGCAAAACAUGCGAUGAAACAUAUGGCACCAGGCCCGGCAUCCAGCAUUUCAUUCACGUCUGGAAUCAGCGCCUAUCGCCCGUACCCCAAUUGGAAUGUGCUGGGCGCCUAUACUGGCUCAUUGGAGGGCAUGAUCCGAAGUUUAGCAGUUGAAAUGAAGCCAGUGCGCAUAAACCUGGUCUGCCUCGGUCCUGUUGACACAGAUCUCAUUGCUCGCUGGUAUUCUACUCCUGAGGGGCGCAAGAGAGGCAUUGAUGCCAUCGGCAGUACCUCUCUGACAGGAGGUAUUGGGAAAGUUGAAGAUGUUGCAGAAGCUUAUGUUUACUGUAUGAAAGACCAUAACUUGACGGGAUCUGUUAUGAAUUCCAAUGGGGGCUUGUUGAUCGUCUGA